GAACGCCAUAUUUUUUGAUUCACGAUUACUUGAAAGUUAACCACGAACGGCCGAUUUUGUACAAAAUUUAUCAGACGUUCCAUUGUCGAAUCGAAAAUCAGAUUUUCUUUAUUUUACUACAAAAUUGAUUAACUUUUCAUCUUCAAUUUAUAGAUGUAACUAGUUGACUUUAUAAGGACACGCGAGAUUGUCUUUCUUGUGACCGAUCAAGGUAAACAACUUUUCGGUACCUAACAAUAAUAUUUUCGAUUUUAUUCAACGUCAAAUUAUUGUAUCAUUGUUACAGAUACACAAUGAGUGACACACUAGACCAGAAUGAUCCCCCAAAAGAUCCUCAAGAGUUGGAAAAAUUGGAGGAAGCAAAACUCAAGGCUAAAUUUCCAAAUGCAAUGCUAGGAAGAGGUGGUUCACAUUCUGCCUUUUUACAGAAGAGACUUGCAAAAGGACAAAAGUUCUUUGAUUCUGGUGACUAUCAAAUGGCAAAGCAAAGGCCUGGUAACUUAGCUGCACCAUUCAAAGCCCCAGCAGCACCAGCCAAGCUGCCUACAGGAGAUGCUAUCCCUACGCCUGAGACUGUGCCCUUACGGAAAACAUCAAUAAUUCAGCCAAAAUUCCAACCCUCCAGUCAGACCUCCUAGCCUUGCUGUCAGAUACGAUGCUCUGGCCUCAUAGAUGUGUAACUUGCAUUCCAACUCCAUUCUGAUCAUCCUUCACUUGUAUACAUUGCAAUGUUCACCAAUACAAUGGUACAAGCGAUGUAAUGUUAUUAGUUACAUCAGUUUUUAAUAAAGAUAUAUUUUUUUCUAAAACUGUUUAUCACAUUAAGUUGCUUUCAAUGAGGCCUUAUUAUUUAUGAUGAGACAUCUUUUCUGAAUUACUUUUACACUACACGUUUUCAUGUAAUGUUGGAAAUGAGACAAGUGUUUAAAAACAACUGUUAUAUUUAGGUAUAAACGUUUGUUAAAUGCAUGAAUGGGUGACUGAUAAAAAUGUGCUGUUAACAUUUAGUUCCUCCUGCUAAGUUACAUGUCUUAUGCCUACUAACCUUUUAUAGAUAACAGUAACUAUGUGACAGUGAUCUGAAUUUUUUAACAUUUGCCAUCCAUGGUCACUUUUUAGGUGGUAUGUAAUAUUUAAAAGCAGUGUUGCCAUAGUUUAUUGAUAAAAAAUAUUAAAGUGAAAAUGAAUACAUUCGGCAUUUUCGUUCAUCCAUUUAUUGUAUUAAAAUGCAGUUAUUUUUAAUAUUGACUAUUUCCAAAAUAGAAUUAUCAAAGCCUUAUCUAUAUUGUAGUCCAUCUAUAAUUUCUCUAUUGUCAUGUUAUAAAAUAAUUAUUUUAAUAUUUCUCAACCAUGCAAAUGAUAUUUUGAAAACUAAAUUUAUGGUACAUUGAAAUACCUUAUCCCAUUUAGCGCUCAUUCAUAAAAUGGUGCUUUACAUGAUAUCCAAUCUUAGAAAUAUUUGCAAAACUAUUUAACUACAUUAUCAUGGAUAAAAUGUUUUAAGAAGGAAUUUUAGACUUUUGAUAAAUUAAAAUGCAACACUAGACUUUGAAAGCCAAUUGUAAAUUAGGUUGUUUUCAUGUGAUUUAUAUCAAAACCCUAUCACUCAGCACGCCAUUGAUGUAAAGAAUAUUGAGAUUUAGACUUAAAAUAAGACUUAUACAAAUAAAAACAUAAUAAAA